AUGAAGCAGGAGAAAGCAAAGGAGAUCAAGAGCACUGCAGGGGCUGACGGUAGGGUGCACACGUCCACGGUGGUGGACGUGGAUGAUGUGAUAUCUGAUGAAGAAAUGGAGGCAAUGGCGUUGCUGGACAGCGAGCAGCAAGAGGAAGGUGUAAAGUCUCCGGGGCUGGGCAUCUGUGAGUGGCUUCUGACCAUCUUGUCUUUCCUGUUCAUCAUAAUGACCUUCCCCAUCUCUGUCUGGUUCUGCAUGAAGGGCUUUCCCAGAACAGACUUCCUCCUGUACCG